GCGUCUCGGCCUGUUUUGUUUAUACGGCGAGAAUAGGUUUAGUAAUGGCGGCAAGUAGGCCGUGAUGAACGAGCGAAAAUAGUCCGAAUAGUACGCUGUCGGAGAAGGAAGGAUUUGCAGGAAAAGAAAACCCGAAGCUUUGCAGACUUUAACUUGUUCGUAACAGCCAGAUUGCUGAAACCAUGCAGAUCACGUUGAAAACGCUUCAGCAGCAGACCUUUAAAAUCGAGAUAGACGGGGAGGAGACGGUAAAAGCACUGAAAGAAAAAAUCGAAACAGAAAAAGGAAAAGAUGGCUUUCCUGUUGCAGGACUAAAAUUGAUAUAUGCAGGUAAAAUUCUUAAUGAUGACACUGCUCUCAAGGAAUAUAAAAUUGAUGAAAAAAACUUUGUGGUGGUUAUGGUAACAAAGCCAAAACCAGCACAACCAGCUCAGACUGCUCCUGCCACCAGCAGUACCAGUGUUUCAACGCCUGCCCCAGCUGCAUCUGCUGACCCAGCACCUUCUGAGACAAAAUCUAGUAGCACUGCAAAAGAGGAAAAAAGUACUGAGAAAGCGGAGGAGAAACCAGCUACCUCUACACCACCUUCAUCAGUCAGUACAUCAAGUCCUACAAAUGUAAACAUAUUUGAAGAGGCUACAUCUGCACUCGUGACAGGGCAGUCCUAUGAAAAUAUGGUGACAGAGAUCAUGUCAAUGGGAUAUGAAAGAGAGCAAGUUGUUGCAGCACUAAGAGCGAGCUUUAACAAUCCUGACAGGGCAGUUGAAUAUCUCCUAACGGGUAUUCCAGUCGAAAGAGAGAGUCAUUCUGUAGCAGAUCCUAUUGCACAAUCUGGUAGCACUCCAAGUGGUGCAAGUACAGGGUCUUUGUCAUCCUCAUCCACGGGAUCUUCGCAGCCAGCUGCACCAGUAUCCUCUACAGGUGUGAAUCCUUUGGAGUUCUUAAGGAAUCAGCCUCAGUUCCAGCAAAUGCGGCAAAUCAUUCAACAAAAUCCAUCUCUGCUUCCAGCCUUAUUACAACAGAUAGGCAGAGAAAAUCCUCAGUUGUUGCAGCAAAUCAGCAGUCACCAAGAACAAUUUAUUCAGAUGCUAAAUGAGCCAGCUCAAGAAGCUGGAGGACAAGGUGCAGGAGCUUUAGAAGCUGGUGGUGGACAGAUGAACUACAUUCAAGUAACACCUCAGGAAAAAGAAGCAAUUGAAAGGCUUAAAGCAUUAGGAUUCCCAGAAGGACUUGUUAUUCAGGCUUACUUUGCCUGUGAGAAGAAUGAAAACUUAGCAGCAAACUUCCUUUUACAGCAGAACUUUGAUGAUGAUUAAAUGAAGAAAUAGUAUUUGAUCAACUUUUCUGAUUUAACGUAAUAUUGGAUAUACAUGCCUUUACUUUUCCUAGAUUUAAAAUAUAUCUUCGUGGUAACACUGGAUGAACAUUUAUAUGGCGGAGAGAGCGGUUUCUGAGCAGCUUUAUAAUUCAAGAGGUAAUCAGUUUUUCUGCUGCAGAAACAUAAUUAGCCUGCAACCUGUUAUUCAAAUAGCUGACAUUAAAAUAUUCUCUUCAAAUGGAAAUUUUUUUGCUGAAAGAUCAAUCACUGAAUGUGUGCUGCCCAAUUUUGGGAUGGGGGGAGGUGGUGGAACGGAAGGGAUGGUAAAAUACGACGCCGACACACGCACACACACACACACACACACACACACACGCACACACACGCACACCCCGAGUCACAUUCUUGUUUACAUUUUCAUUUGAAUAGGGAUUCCAAUAUUGUUUACUUUGAUGUUUAAUGACAGUAAAGAUUUUAAAAGAAAAUGUCUGGUGUCUCAAUUUGUAAGUUAAAUGUUUUAAUAUUUCUUUUUCUUGCAGUAUUUGGGUAUUGUCUGCUCUGUCCCAGUAGCGAUUUUAUUUAAAGGUCUUGAAUAGAAUACUUAGUUAUUAGUAAAUAUUUGUGCAAGACAAGAGGGAUGUUACUACUUUUAUUUCAUUUUUGAAUAUGCAAGGGAGGUUUGUUAAUGUGACAGUAUUUACGAUAAAAUGCCUUGAUUGUUUCAUCAUAGUGUUUAUUCCUACAUAUUGCAAUUAUUGUGCCUAUUUGUGUUAUCUGUUAUCUUUUCUCUAAAUGAAAAACGUUAUGUGCAUAAGAAUAUAAAUUUCAGGUUUUCAUCCUAAAAUUGUGAUUUUUAUUAGAAAUUGGAAGAUGUUGGCUUAUAUAUACUGACCGAUAUGCCAAGUCUGACAUUUAUACACUGUUAAGUAUGUUUUAGUAUCAUUUUAAAAUGUGAGGUUGGAUUGAUUGCACAUGAGCACCGUACAGUAAUAUGCAAAAACUUUAUUUUCAAGUAGCCCUGAAAGGAAAGAUUAUAUACUGCUAAUCAGUCCCAGAAAUGUUAGGGAAUAUUGGGGUUUCUGUAGUAGAAGGUUUAUGGGUUUGAGUAGUUUCACCAUGACAGUUACUUUUAUACAUUUAUAAGAACAACGUUUGCCUGUAAAGUCUUAAGUUUCAGGUAUACAGUUGUGUUUAACUUGUAUUGACAAAAAACAAUGACAGAGGUUAAGGUUGUAUAAAAUGCCUUUUUAAACUUGGUGAAAUCUGGUGACAGCUUUUAUACUCUGGUCUUUUUAGCCUCCAUGAUGGCUUCCUUAUGGUUUAUAUCAGAAAAAAAAAAAAAAAAA